CGGAGGUCAGCCGUUGUGUGCACGGUCUCAGGCUGUACUGCCGCACUCACCCUUGUGCUCGCGCGGAACACGCGACGCGGGCCGGCGGCUGUCGAGGGCGCACCGGGAUUCUGAGGGCGCACCGGGAGUCUGAGGGCGCGAACACCGUCGGGAACGCGGCCUGUCGGCAGCGGAAGAUCUGCAGAGACGGCCUCGGGAGCACGAUUUGGCGCGCGGUCGACUGCAAACGACGUCGAGGCGGGAUUUCCGACUCCAGGACGAGGGCAACGCUCGAGUCCCGCGAUCCUGUAAAGAGUUAGCGAUGCAAUGUACACGGCGGUCCAUGAGGACGACCAGCUACGCCCGACUCGCGCCCGGGACCUACGCCGACUAGAUACAUAUGUACAAUGCGCCAUCCCAUGCCUCGCGCAACUACAGCACCGCUUCCAUCCCGCCGUGCCGUGGGCCCGCCGGUGACGAUCUCCACACCGCGCCCCUCUCCCACGGCGCCGCCGGGAACGUGCCUCUCCGCGACGUCCGCGCUGUGUACGGGAGGUCCAGCUCGCAAACGAACGCAGUCACAGGCGGCAAAUGUGGCCACACGUCCUGACCAUCCCCGAGGGUCCCCAUUGCGCGGCCGAGGCGCUGGCGAUGCGAGAACGUGCGGGCACCACGGUACCAUGCGUACAC